GACAGUUUCCUUGUUCCUACCCUGGGCUGCGAAUGAGAGUGGUGUCCGACCCCAUCUAGCUUUUGAGUCGGCCUCCACGUCAUUCCUUGUCAGCAACAUACAGACAACUUCCUCGUUCCCAUACUGGGCUGCUAUUGAGAGUGGAGUCUGGCCCCAUCUAGUUUUCGAGUCAGCCUCCACAUCAUCUCUUUCCAGCAACAAGCUGGCGAUUUCCUUGAUUCCAUUUUGGGCUGCGAGUGAGAGUGGUGUCCGGCCCUCUUCGUCUUUCGAG